GGGCGGGGCUGGGCUAGGCGGCCGGCGGCACGGCGGACUCGGUUUCCCAGCGUACCCGCGAGGAGGGGGUGGCAUGGCGGGCAAGGAUGACACCGGAGUUCGACGAAGAAGUGGUGUUUGAGAAUUCCCCACUGUACCAAUAUCUGCAGGAUUUGGGACACACAGAUUUUGAAGUAUGUUCCUCAGUGUCACAGAAGGCAGAACAAUGUGCAGCAGCAGAAAGCCAAAGGGAGCAGACUGUGCGUGCUGCCCAGAAGCAAGGCAUCCUGUCAAAACUAGUUGAGUUUUUUAGAAGCUGGUUUCCUUUUCCACAGUAUAAGAAAAAUGAUGACAUACUUCACCGACUGGAUGUUGGAUUUCGAUUCGACACGCUCCGUACCAUCCUGCAACAGGAAGUUCUGCUGCAGGAGGAUGUGGAACUGAUUGAAUUCCUUGACCCCAGUAUCCUGUCUGCGGGGCAGUGUAAGCAACAGGAAAACAGACAGCUUCCAACGCUACGCUCCCUAGCAACUCCUAAUAUUUGGGAUGUCUCGCUGUUCCUUGCCUUUGUAAGUGCGCUGCUCAUGUUUCCUUCGUGGUGGGAGGAAUCCUCGUGGCUGCUGUGCACGCCCCUGCUGCUCUAUGCAGCCGCUAGAGUGUGGGGCACGUGGAGGACAGCCAAGCUGCAAAUGUCCCUGCGAAAACACUGUAUCCAGCUGGAAGAAACAGUGGCCAAUAGCCGGGCCUUCACUAACCUCGUGAGGAAAGCUCUACGACUCAUUCAGGAGACCGAAGUGAUUUCCAGAGGAUUUACCCUUUUGCUUGACAGGGUCAGUGCCGCUUGCCCAUUUAAUAAAGCUGGACAGCAUCCUAGUCAGCACCUGAUUGGCCUCCGGAAAGCCGUGUAUCGAUCCGUCAGAGCCAACUUCCGAGCUGCAAGACUGGCCACUCUGUACAUGCUGAAAAAUUACCCUCUGAACUCGGAGAGUGACAACGUGACCAGCUACAUCUGUGUGGUCCCCUUUAAGGAGCUGGGCCUGGGACUGAGUGAGGAGCAGGUCUCUGAAGAGGAGGCACACAAUCUGACUGAUGGCUUCAGCUUGCCUGCACUCAAGGUCCUCUUUCAGCUCUGGGUAGGGCAGAGUUCAGAGUUUUUCAGGAGGCUGGCGCUGCUGCUCUCCCCGGCCAACGCGUGCCCCGAGCCCUCGGCGUGCCCGGAGCGGCUGCCUCACCGCAUCCUGCGCGACGUGGCCCAGGGCCUCCCCGGCACGCACGCUGCCUGCCUGGCCGAGCUCCGCAGGAGCUACGAGUUCUACCGCUACUUCGAAACACAGCACCAGGCGGGCCUGCAGUGGGCAGCCAGGGGCAAGCAGCAGUGCAGGGAGCUCAACAGCCUGCAGACAGCCGUGCGCAGCCUGCAGCUGCACCUCAAGGCCCUGCUCAAUGAGGUAAUAAUUCUUGAGGAUGAGCUUGAAAAGCUUGUUAGCACUAAGGAGACACCUGAGUUGACAACAGAAGCCCGUCAGGUUCUGGAACAAAAACUAAAGUUUAUUCAGCCUCAUAUCCAGGCAAGCAACAGCUGCUGGGAAGAAGCCAUUUCUCAGGUGGAAAAAAUGAGUGGAAGAAACCCAAAUAAAAAAGGCAAAAUUGAAGUUUCCUGUGACAACCUACAGCAUACUACAGUACCUUUAACACAGCCUGCCAUAUACAUAGAAAACAAAGAUCCAAUCCCUGAAGAGCAGGAACUGGAAGCAUAUGUUGAUUAUUCAGAUACAGAUAAUGAAUACAAAAGGGAAGACUUUUACUGCUUCUCCCAAGAAGAAAGAGAGAGGCAAGAGCGAGAGAGACAGGAAUCUAAGAGGGUGUUACAAGAAUUGAAAUCUGUACUGGGAUUCAAAGCUUCAGAAAUUGAAAGACAGAAGUGGAAACAGCUACUAUUCAGUGAACAUGCUGCAGUGAAACCCUUGUCUCCUGUAGAACCAUUGAAGCUACUAAAUAAUGUGGAAUCACAUAUGAAUUCAGAUACAGAAAAGCAGGACUGCAGCCAAAGCUGUGAUAAAUCUGAAGAAAAAGACUCUAAUCCAGAAGUGAAUGCUGCUGAUAAAAGCAGGACAGAAUAUUUGUAUGCAGAUCCUGAGGUGGAGAAAAACAAAGACAGUAUUACAGAUAAAGAUGUUUCUACAGGGGCUGAAGGAAGAAUGUAUUAUCAGUGUGAAGGGGAUGCUGAAGAGCUCAAGCCAAGUAGUGUGGAUGGAGUAGAGGCUUCACAGCCUCCCUCUAAGGAUGAAUUACAUUCAAAAAUCAAGCAUAGGCUGGCCCAGCUCCACAUAUCAACAGAUUUUAACUUCACAUCUGGUCUGGCUGCACAAGUUGCUGCCAGGUCUUUCACUUUUACUACAAUGCAGGAAGAGACUUUUGGAGAUGAUGGGGAAGAGGAGGAGGAGGAAGAAGAAAAGACACAAGAGAAUGAAGACCUUGUGGACAACUGUGAAAAUGAAGAGAGAGGCUCUGAAAGUGAAGGAAAAGUAUAAGUCUGAGCUGAACUUUAUUAAACUAACAGCAGGCAGUUUGAUGGAAAAAAACUGAGGUGGGGGGUUGAAGCUGAAAAUACUGGAUGGAAAAAAAAGGAGACCUCAAUAUAAUACAUCAUGUUCCCUUAAGAAUGAUACACUAAAUAGGACUUCUAAGUAUAUUGAAAAUUUGCAGGUAAGAGAAGUUUGGGAUGCACCCAAGAAAUAGAUGGCUGUCCCUUUUUAAGAUCCUAGUGAUGGGGGUUGGAAUCUACCUUUGUGUUUUCUGUAUUAUUUAUUUAUCUAAUGAUACGUUGUAGUUUUUCAUUUCUAAAAAGAAGGAAAAGCAAUGUUUUGAUUUACAACAGACUCCAUUUUUUUCCUCUCUGAUUCUUUUGUCAUGGUAUCAAUGUUUGUUCCAACAAAAACAGCCAGGACAUUUCUUUUGGAAGAACCUGAACUGUUCCCUGUGAUUGUCCCCCACCACUUUUGUUUCACUGCUUGUGUCUGCAGUGUGUUGGCUAAGCCAUGAUAGGCAUUUGUGAUUCUUCAACUAGUGAUGUGGCACCCAGCUAAAAUGUAGAAUUUUAAAUAAAAACUUGAAAGAGCUAGUAUUUCAUGUGUCCUGGGGUAUGGGGCUGAAAUAGUAUAAAGUUAGUCCUGCUUCAUAUUAAGGUUUAUUUAGAAUUUUAUGAAGGGUUAAUAAAUGAUGUCUGUAAGUUGUAAUUCAUGUUAGAGAAAUGUGUUGUAAGUAAAUUUUAGGGAAGGUUAUAAGCACAUCAGUAGAAGGUAUUACAGAUAGCUAGAAGCUAUCUAUUGGAUUGACAGAGAUGAGAAGUAAACACCUAUUUAUUAAGCCAGCUAUUAAUUGUUUGUUAACCUUUUGUAAACUGAACCUUAAUGUAAUUGUUUGAUUUGAUAUAAUGAUCGAUUGUACAUUUUUGCUUAUGUCCUGAAGUAAUUUUCUUAAAGGAAAUUAUCUGUGAGCUUAACAACAUGCAGUGUUUUGUUUGAACACCAUACUUGCUUUUCACUAAUGUUCUUUCACUUUUCCUUAGAUCACAACUUUAAUCUGUGGGAUUAAGAAUCCAUGAGAGAACUACAGCUGUGUAUUUUGUUUAUUGUAACUUCAUUAACUGAUGAUGAAGUCUGGAUGUUUGGUAUGAGGUUAUGCAGGUUGCUUUUUUCUCUGUGGUGGUGUUACAAGGAGCAGGAAACUCAUUCUAACC